AUGUUCGUGGCGCCACGCUUAGUAGGUAGUCUAGGGCGGUCAAACUGGAAAACCCUCCAAGACUCACCUUACUUCUGGCUCCAACAACGGGGACAAAACCAAGCUGAGGGAAAUGGGAAGAGAAGACACGUGCCUGAAUAUAGAAUCGUUACAAGGCGGUUUCCACAUUACAGAGUCGCCCAUAGUGAUGACUAUAGUCAGGCUCAAGAAUCAUUUGCAAUACUUCAUGAUGAGGUCGUUUCCGAGAUCGAGGGAAAGAAGACGUCGAAAAAGAUAUUGAAGCAAGUCAGGGCUUGGAUUGAGAAGAACAACCUUGAUAACCUGGUUUUCGACGAGGACGGCUAUGCUUCAGAUUCAUCCGGUUCCAACGAAGACGUUGCCUCGUCUGUUGAAGCCUUCGAUAUUACCGAAGCCACAAAAGAUGGCAUUGCAUCUUCGUCAUCUGAUAUGUCUCCACAAAAGCGUAGUUCUGCUCCCGUGGAGAAUGGUUUGCGCCAUGGUGGAGCAGAAGAUAUAGCACGGAAUAGCGACGUGAGCGAAUACGAUGAGGAUAACUCGUCUAGUGGCGAAGGCCGUGACAACCAUGUGCAUUCCAUCGUUGAUAAAUCACUCGCCAAGUCCCGUCGUGAUAAGCGCAAAAGCAGUUCGACUCUCUCGCCUACUGAUUCAGCAGCCAACACCGCAAUUACUUCUUCGAUAGAAGACUACUGGCCCUUUCUUACAAGCCUCGUAGACUCCUUAAUGCAAUGGGUCGAAGGACCGGCUGUAGAAAAACUAGCCCGACGGAAUAACGUUGGACAUCAGGGAAAUAAAGAUCCGGGACUUUUAAAUAUUCCCCUGCAUUUUAUCGCUCUAUUGACAUAUCCAGAAAUCGAACCUAAUACAAAAGUCUCUCUAACUGGUUUCUUUCGUCCGACAACGUCGUCGCGUGCUAUUUAUUUUAUCGAUUUACCUUCUCCUAAUUCGCAUAUGCUCUUGGGACUUGUUUUUUGUGUUGCUGUUUUUGAGCAAUUGCGCGAUGCUUUUCCUCAUGAAGAAUUCGGGGCUGUCCGUCAACGCAUAGGGUGGGCGAAACAAUGGGCUGGGGCAUUGUUUCGAAAUAGAACACCUAGUUCAUCUGUUACGGCAGCAAACCAAUCUCCAAACCAACUGGCUAAUCCGUCCGCUUCUCAAGCCUCUCCUCCGUACACCGUGCUCCAAAAUAACUCCAUAAUUACUGCCCUACCCUCUACUCCAACAAAUAGUACAACUUCCACAAAAUUAGCUGCAGUACAUAUGACAAAGACUACAUCGCAUGAUGCAAAUUUCCAAAGCGGAAGCCUUAGUGAUACAACGCAUGGUGGAUCAGUAGCGAAGCUAUCUUCAAGGAAAGGUUUCUUUAAAAGUAAAUCAGCAAGCAACAAUGUGCAUAACAACAAUAAUCCAGGAUCUAGUGGGAGUGUUAGUGGCUAUGGUAAUAUUAGCAGUAAUCAUAGUGCUUAUAGUGUUCAUACCACCAACAGUACUACGACCGGCAAUAAUAGUGCCAUCACCAAUCUCACCUCUGUGAACCAAGAUCCAAUUGCUCAUUCUCAAUCUGCAACAACAAUUGCCUCCCUGGCUCACGCGUCCAUACCAGCAUCCCUGUCGUUACCGCUUUCUUCUGUUCAUGUUGGCUCUUCGGCGGAUGUCCAGUCGGAUACUCUAGUCACCCCUUCCGGAAUGACAAACAGUGCCACCAAUUCUGUCGCCUCCUUGUCCUCCUUUCCGGGUUUCCCUUCAUCCCACAACAGCAACUCGUCCGGGGCUUCGACACCAGGGGCGUCAGAUAAUCAUAGCACACAUAGUACGAUAAGUACGACGAAUACUAAAAGAAGGUUUUUCAAAGGACGAAAUUCAAAUGGUGGAAGUGCUGCGAGUUUAGGGUCGAAAGGAAAGGGGGAAUGGGCCAACAGUGCCAAUAAUGUGCUUAAUUUCACACCCACACUUUCUGCGUCCACACGUUACUCCAACCCAUCAUUUUCAAAUACCAAAAUCACGCCCACAUCCAUUUCACAAUCUCCAGCCUCCUCCCCGCUCGAAUUUUCAUCGCAGCAUUCUAUACCCCUGUCUAAUAGUAGUGCAUCACCACUUCUAUCUUCCAAUACUAACACCUCAGCUUCAUCUCGCUCUGUUCCAACACCCUCUUCAUCAACUCAACCGAAUUCCACCACAUCAUCUGGUGCGCAGCCAAUAUUAAAGGUGGACAUUGUUUCAGGAGACGGGGGAGGAUUUGAGGAUUUACUUGGGACGUAUGGACAACAUGAAUGA